GAGGCCUGCUAGGUUGUCAGCCAAGGAAAAAUAACAUAUCUGCAAGUGUAGUGUCUCCCAAGAGGUGCUGCCAACUAACAAUUUUAACGCUCUUUGCGUUUGUGGUUUAGCCCGUUCGUUCCGUUUGCCCGUUGCCACGCCCCGUUGCGGCGUGCGCCCCCAAAGCAGUCAAGACGACUUACUCGAUUAUGAAGCUCAGCUCGCCGCGCAUCAUGCAGCAGAAGCGUACCAGCAAAUCAUCCAACAUGUCCCGGGUCUCGAUGACCACCUCGACGGCGGAGGAGAAUCUGAUUGAGUCGAAGCUCUUUAGUUGGCUGCGACUCUUUCGCUUUGCCUCGCUCCUCUGUCGUGCGGAAUAGAGAACACAUAUACAAAUACAUAUACAUAUAAAUACAUACAUACAUAUAUAUA